AUGAAGGUGAUCCUGCUACUAGCAUGCGUGUGGAUGGUAGACGGCGGGACCCCGUUACUUCCAUUGCAUCCAGUUCCCUGUAAUGCAAGAAUUGCUGAGAAAACAGCGCGUUUGGCUAUUAGUUAUAUAAAUGAAGAUCGAACUGAGGGUUACAAACUCAGCUUAAACAGAAUCAAUAGAGUGUUUGGGAGCCACCAGGGGGCUGCAGGAAAAGUUUACUACCUGGAUCUGGAUGUGCUGGAAACCAAAUGUUACAUUAGAAGUGCUUUACCUUGGGAGGAUUGUGACAUCCGUCCUUUUGUGGAAACAAAGGUGUCUGGGACUUGCCGUGCUAUAGUACACAUCAAGCCUGAUGUCUCCGCUAUAACUUGUGGUUACAACUGCAGCUUAGCUCCAGAUGCUAAGGAGAAUAUCACCAGUAUCUGUCCGGAGUGCCUAACAUUUAUCACUCCAGACAGCCGGGAAUCAAUGAAGGCUGUGAAUCUGACUCUUAACAAAUUCAACGAAGAAAGCGAUGAGUCCCACUACUUUGCUGUAGCAAAAGUCAUCAGAGCCCUAAGUCCGACUUUGACUCAGCCCGGCCAGGAUUAUCACGUAGAAUUCACCAUCGAAGAGACUGACUGCAUCAAAGGCCGUGACGGCAUUGGGAGAAGCUGCACAUUUAAGUCUCCUGAAACAGCUCGGACAGGUUUCUGCGUUGGUGACGUCUAUAUAAAGGACAGCGCUGAUGUUGAGGCCUCUUGCGAACUCUAUGAUCCAAAGGGUCCAAAUGAUGCUCCCCAGGGUAAUGCCAGUGGUGGCUCUUUGGAUGCCGAACCAGAUCCUACAUGUGCUCCUGGCAGACCAGAGCAGACCACACAAACUCAGAAGCCAACUGGUGAUCACCGACUGAAUGUCAAGCCACAUCGUCGCCCAGUGUUUGGGCGAAGGGAAUCAUCCUCAGAAUCGGAGUCCUCCGAGGAGAGAAGAAUAACCUUUGUUCACACAAGAGUUUCCAGAAAACAUCCUCAGCGCACCAGCCCUGCUCUCCAGCCUUCGCCGCAUCCAACGAGCAAUUCCAAGGUACCAUCCGCAGCCUUUUUAGAGUCCUUUCCUGAGUUCCCGCCUCAUCAGCCAACCUGUCCAGGUAGAGCCAUUCACAUCACCUUAUAG